AUGGGGUGGGUUUCGGUCGCGGGGGGCACGGGACUCCUUGCGCUCACCAGUGGCGACACGGUUGGUCACAUAGACCGCCCAUCCAACGACGUCAUUCGUAAGACACCGGACCCCAUCUACGCGAUUGGUCUCACCAAGUCCAAGGCAGCGUUUCGCAAAGAGCAUGCUCGGUUUUUAUCCUCCGUAUGCGUAACAUCGGACUCGCAGCGGCAGGACAGCUUAUCGCAUCACAUAGGACGGAUCUGCCCGUGUCGUGAGGUGCAGUGUAAAAAGUCACCUUCGACGGACGCUCUAGUAGCUCUCACGGAAGGUAUUGAAAUGCCGCACCGUGAUAAUAACCCAAGUUGGGGAUGGGGAAGAUCAGCAGAGUCUCGACUAGGCGAAGCAUUGUUCCACUCAUCACUCCUGUCUGCAGAGCUCAUCCUGCCCGGGAGUGCUAGGGGACGGGAAGGUAACGUGGGUAGGGUACCUUCCGGGCCAGCCGGCUCUGGCUGCGCUGCUGAAGGGAGGUCGUUUGGGGUCUCCGUUGUCACCUUUACUCUCGAGAAGGCUAGUCGUGAGCUGGCCCCGAGUGGGACAAGGUAA